UAAUGAGAAACUUGAAUCAUAUAUCCUUGUAUACUUUCACCGUUCGAGCUAUUCAUAGUCAAGUAGCAAUCAUAGGAGGUGGAACUGCAGGAUUGAAUGUUUCUGCUCAAUUAGUGAGAGAUGGCCACUAUAUACCACAAUAGAUUCGUGUUUUUGAGCCAUACAAGAUGCACGCCUAUUAAACAGGAUGGACCUUGGUUGGUAGACUAUGAUGAUCUAACGAAGGUGCUGGUAUGUGUAAUGUGGAGAAAACUAUGAGGCCUAUGGAGAAGGUUCUACCAAAAAAUGUAUGUCUGAGUGAUUGUCCUGUAGUGAGAAUCGAUCCAGAAUAGAAUACAAUAGUGACUAUGGAUGGACAGAAAUACACAUACGAUUAAUUGAUUGUGGCAAGUGGAGUGCAACGUGAUUUUGCAUCCAUCAAAGGUAUAAAUAUAAAUUUAUCCAUUCUUCAGGUGCUUUGGAGUAACUCAACAACCCAGAAGCACCAGUUGGUAGUAUUUACUAUUACAGAUACGCUCAGAAAAUAGAUAGAAUGAUCAAAGAAUUCGAAGGAGGCAAACUCAUAUUUUCAGAACCACCUUCAAAAUGUGAAGGUAUUCCAUCCAACAUUGUAUUCUUAACUCAUGAAAGAUUAUCUGCCAAAAAUGUAAAAUGUGACUACCAUGUGUACAAAGCAAAUGAUUCUAUUUUUGGCAUUCCAAAAUACUCAGAAAUACUAGGAGAAUUAGCACACGAGAAAGGAUUGCAUUGCCAUCUCAAAAAAAGAUUAGUUGAAGUUCAAGAUCAUAAAGUAAUCUUUGAAGAUGUUGAAACUAAACAGCAAUAUACUUCUGAUUAUGAUUUCUUGCAUAUCGUGCCACCUUAAGUAAUUUUUAUCUCGUAUCUUACUAAGAAACCAGCUGCAUUCAUUGCUGAAAGUGGAUUAGGUGAUUCAGAUGGGUAUGUCCAUGUCCAUCCCAACACACUCCAACAUGUACGUUAUGCCAAUGUCUGGGCCUUGGGAGAUUGCUCUUCACUUCCAACGUCUAAAACUGCUGCUGCUGUGAUGGCCCAAACACCUAUUCUUAUUAAAAACCUCAUUAGAACUUGGAAAUUUAAGUAGUCCCCUCUGCCUGAAUAUCAAGGUAUUCAUAUUAUGAUACACUCAAGGUUAUACCUCCUGUCCAGUCUACACUUCCAAUAAGAAAGUAUUGCUUGCUGAAUUCAAGUACAACAAACAAUUAGAUGAAACAUUCCCAGUCUUUUAAUCCUCAGAUAGUAAAGUCAUGUAUUUGCUGAAGAAACAUUUCUUCCCAUUUGCAUAUUGGCAAUUGAUGGUUAGAGGUCUUUGGGGAGGCAGAGAUGGAAUUAGAUUAUUCAAAGGAGUUUGAAUAGUUCCUCA